AUGGCUUAUCUUGAGAUCGCAGGAUUCGCAAACAUUUCAAAAAUAAAUAGUUUGAAAGUCGACUCAAGCUUAGUUGUUGCUCUGUUGGAGAAAUGGAGACCCGAAACCCACACCUUUCACUUGCCAACAGGUGAAUGCACCAUAACCCUUGAAGAUACAUGUAUGUUACUAUGUCUACGAGUUGAUGGCAAAGUUAUCAACGGUCCCACCGAGGUAACAAGUGUUAUUUACAUGGAUUACUUGGGGAAGGAACCAAAAGAAGAAGAUAAAAUGAAAGGUUUUGUUAGGAUCACUUGGCUUGAGAGUGAAUAUGAAAACCUAAAAAACAAACCUAACCCCACACAAGAAGAUGUUUUAUUAGAAGCUAAAUUUUUUAUUCUACUUGUGAUCGCAACUAUCUUGUUUCCUGACAAAACUCAAAACCUUUUGCAUUCUUCUUGGAUCCCUUUCGUGGGGGAUCUCAUUGAAUGUGGCACAUAUAGUUGGGGUUCUGUAUGCCUUGCAAAAUUGUAUAGAGAAAUGUGCAAGGCAGUAGAAAAAGAUGUUAGGAGCAUGAAUGGUUGUGCUCUCCUACUAACUUCUUGGGCAUUCACACGCAUCCCAUUGUUCGCUCCUGUCAGCAUGGUGGAACCCUCGUUUCCAUAUGCACAAAGAUGGGCACAAAGGGGAAUGAAUUAUCGUGCAACUCCUCGUUUCCAUCUCCAAGGAUAUCGAAACGCGUUGGACCAUAUGCAAGAACGAGAUUUUAUAUGGAGGCCGUACGUUCAGUACCCGGUGUCGCGUCUAGAAGAUAGUCAAAUCUGGAGUGCAACAACUUACCUUAUUUGUUUCUACAUCGUUGAGAUGCAUCAAACAGAUAGGGUAAGACUCUAG